AUGAAUAUUAUUUUUGUUUCAUUUGAAAGAUGAUUUUUCUAACAAUAUUUCUAAUAAUAUUGAUUAUUAUUUUAAUAAUUUUAUGGAAAUUUUGGAAUCGUCCAUUUGUUUGGGAUACGAAUAAUGGUGAAUAUUGGGCUGUUGUUACCGGUGCAACCGAUGGUAUUGGCUAUGAAUUUGCUCGACAAUUGGCUCAAAAAGGUUAUAAUAUUGUCAUGAUUAGCCGAAAUCCGGAAAAAUUGGCAGCAAAACGACAAACAAUUCUGAAUGAAUCCGGAAAUAAUGUUCAAAUCGAAACUGUUGCAGUAGAUUUUAAAAAAUUGGAUAUUUAUGAUCAAAUCCGUUUGGCAAUCAAAGAUAAAGAUGUGUUCAUAUUGGUCAAUAAUGUUGGCUUUGCUAAUAUGGAAAAAUUGGAUUUUUUCUACAAUGAAUCAAGUGAUUAUCAUCAAGAUAUGAUUAGUGUUAAUAUUACAAGCACAGUACGAAUGACCGAUCUUAUUCUGCCAACAAUGAUUGAAAAACAACGUGGUUUAAUUCUAAAUCUUUCAUCGAACCUAGCCGAACAUAGCUGUGGUCUUGGAACAAUGUAUUCAUCAACUAAAGCAUUUGUAUUGAAUUUUUCCCAAACAUUAUAUUAUGAAUGUUUAUCGAAAAAUGUUCUAGUUUUUGCAUUAACACCAAUGUUUGUUCAUUCACAAUUGAUUGCUAUUCGACCAAGUUUCUUUAUACCAUCAGCUAAAUGUUAUGUACAAAAUGCAUUCAAAUCUAUUCAAUGGAAUGAAAAAUUUAGCUGUGGUUAUAUUUAUCAUCGAUUAUUAUCAGAAUUAACUAGAAUUGCUACCCUAAUACUUGGUGAACGAUAUUUCAUUGCCGUUAGUAAGGAUAUUUUUCAAUAUCAUUUUCAAGCAUAUCAUGAUGAAAAUUUUGCUGAAAAAAGUAAUUUUAUCAAAUUAAUUGGCACAGCAUUGUGGAAAAAUUUUCAAACAAACAAUCCGACCUACUUUGAUUAA